AUGUCGACAGCUUCGCUGUCGCAGAGUCGAGGGCCCUCGUCAUCCCCAUCCCCCGCUACUCUUCACCAACUGCGCUGUGAAAACGCUAUGCUGCUUAAGGAGAAGCAGUUCCUGACGCAAGCGGUCGCCUCAGGGCCUUCCACCUCGGCCCGUGUCAACAGCGUUCGCUAUAAUGCGGAUGCAGUGGAGCUGAAGUUACUCAUGGCCUACCAGAUGGCCUCCGAGCUUCACGACGCGGAGGGCUGCCGGGCUGCGGAGGUGCAAAUGCAGCAACGCGUGGCUGAAAUGGCCACCAAGGUGAAUAAGUUGCGCCAGCUGCUGGAGAUGGUUCAGAAGGACGUGCAGGAGGUGUUAGAGGCGAGCGGUGGCUGGGAAAGGCAGGCUGCUGCGUAG